UUGGCGUCGGUUUGUUUCACACAACCAUCACCACCUUUGUAGCCAAGCAACCGCGCAAUCACCACAGUCUAGAUCUAAACACCAACGGAUACGGACGGUCCUGACCUUCCGCUAUCUUCAUUUUUUUUUCAUUUUUUUAACAGCCCAAACAGCAGAAUUACCUCGUCAAUAAGCCAGUGUCAGUAAUUCGUCAUGUUAUCGUGUUCGCUAUAAAAUCAUCAAGUGAAAUGUCUCUGGUGACCAGGGGGUACAUGCUCCUCUGGGAAUUCAGGCGAACUCGGAAUUUUCAUGGAAAUUGUUCUACUUUAUGGUUUUGAAUUAUGGUGUGUAAAGGAAGUUUAGUUUACAGAAGUGCUAAGUGCCUCUUUGAGAAUCCACGAGCAGUUACAGGAAAAGUUCUUGGACUACACUAAAUUACUCAGUCGUAUUUUGAGUCUCGGUGAAUUUGCAACCGAGAUAAACCGAAAGUGAUAGACGGAUCACUCCUAAAGAGACGAAAUCCCGACAAUUGUCAAGUUACAAUGUCGAUGAGAAGAAUAGCUGUGUUAGCAGCGGUACAUUCCAGUCAACGAAACGAUUCCUAUGGUGCAAAUUACGGCGGUUAUUACACCCCCGGUUACAAUAUGUCUGGCAAUGCCAGCGGAAAAAUGGGAAGAUUCGACGCGGAUUUGCAUGGAAAUGUUAACGUACUCCUCGGAGGGGCAAUGCUGAGUGGAGUGAUUAUAGUGGUAAUUCUCGUUUGCUACUGCUGUCACAAAAACAUGAGAAAGAAUCGACCACACGAAUACUCCCCUUAUUGGAGGGAGCCAGAUGUCCAGAGUCUGGAGGUCUUCACCAUGGAUUCCCACGCGAUGGGACGUUUUUUGGGUGGUCAGCAGUGUUACGAUCGAAGUGGCAAUGCGGAAGACAUCACCACAGUGUCAUUACCCUGCCCAGGCACCCCAGGACCACCACCAGCUUACGAGAGUCUUAUAUUUAAUCCCCACAAUAAUGCUUCACCCAGUGAUAAGAAAGAGGAGCCAAUUACCACUCCCGAUUGUAUACUUUCCGUCUCUGAGAAUCAAGGGGAUUCCCCCAGACAGGAGAAGAAGGAAGAGGAUGAGGGAUUACCCUCUUAUGAGGCUGCACUCAAACUCGAAGCUAAUGGCUAUGUUUAAUUAUAAAAAAUUGGUUAAUGAGUUUGUAACUUCUCCAAAGAAUUUCUCAGGGAAACUGUCGCCCAGUUUAAAAUAUAAUCAUAUUUAAUUAAUUAGAAAUUAAUUGAAUAUCAUUAUAUUACAGAGUUGAUGCAUAAA